UUUCGUGCUCUUCCAUCCGGUCCUCCACAAUUCACUUGCCCUGUAUCAAUUCCUUUACGAUUCUCUUCACGGAUUUGGGAUUUCUCUUGCAGUCCAAUUCGAGCUCGAGAUGUCUUUCUUGGGUAGCUUUGGCUGUGCUCGAAUCCUGCAGUGAUGGCUUCGAUCCUUGCUUUCCUCAUACUUGUGGCUUCGCCGUUCGCGGAGGCUGCGGUUGGUGAAUCGGUGAGAGGUGUUUCGAGAAUCUGCAGUUCCGAUCGCGUUGGAUAUCUAAGAUUGCAAGAUGGCUAUAGGGUUUUUGUAAACGGUCAACCGAUUGAUGAUCGGGUUUUGAUGUGCGAGGCGUUGGCGUUUUUUUUAGCAAGUAAAUGUUUGGAGUUUGAUUCUCGGGUGGAGGAGUGGGGGGAGAUAGCUAGAAAGUACUGCGCUCGGAAUUUCAAGUAUAUUGCUGGCUUGGACCAUGAUGCUGUUUCUGGGGAAGUUUUUCAUACAGCAGGUAGAAAACUUUUGUUGCAGCCUCAGAAAGAUUCCUCUAAAUUGGAUCGGCUAAGCAGGAAGGAAUUGUCAAAGUACGAAGUCAAAGAUCUUAGAUUAAAAAUUCCACCAAAAAGCAAGUUUCUGGCUUUUCCAGGAAUGUUUCUUCUAUGUUGUGCUGUAAUCUGUCCCUGCUUUCGUGCAAGGAGGAAAGAACCAAUUGAACAGAAAGCUCUAGCCAAUGAAACAAAUUCAUCGGAUUCAGUUACUCCUUUAGAUGUAUCCGCAUCUCCUGACAAAAAUUUGACAACUCCACAUAAAGUACCUCAAAGUCCAUCUCGUUUUUCAUUAUCUCCGCAACAAAAUAGAAUUGGAUCAUUGCAACUUACUGUGAAUCAGAUCAUCAAAGCCACUCAAAACUUUUCGCCUUCACUAAAGCUAGGUGAAGGUGGAUUUGGAACUGUAUACAAGGGUAUUCUUGGUGAUGGUCAGAUUGUAGCAGUAAAACGAGCAAAGAAGGAACAUUUUGGGACUCUUCGAGAUGAGUUCAGUAGUGAAGUAGAACUUCUUGCAAAAAUUGAACACAGGAGUUUAGUGAGAUUACUUGGUUACACCGAGAAAGGAAACGAACGUAUUAUUGUUACGGAGUAUGUUCCAAAUGGUACUCUCAGAGAACACCUUGAUGGUCUGCAUGGACACAUUCUGGAUUUUAAUCAGCGACUUGAAAUAGCAAUAGACGUUGCCCAUGCCUUGACAUAUCUCCAUGUAUAUGCAGAAAAGACAAUAAUCCACAGAGAUGUAAAAGCAUCAAAUAUUCUUCUAACUGAAAAUUUUAGAGCCAAGGUGUCUGACUUUGGGUUCGCAAGAACUGGACCAUCAGAAGCAGGUCAGACUCACAUAUCAACCAAAGUAAAAGGAACAGCUGGUUACCUCGACCCCGAAUAUCUUCGAACUUACCAACUCACACCCAAGAGUGAUGUAUUUUCAUUCGGUAUACUACUAAUCGAAAUUCUUUCGGCUCGCCGUCCGGUUGAAAUGAAGAGAAUCGUCGAUGAAAGGAUCACCGUCCGAUGGGCUUUCAGUAAGUUCGAUGCAGGAAAUGUUAGAGAGGUACUGGAUCCAAAGUUACAGGAGGAUGUAAACCUUGAAGUGGUGACAAAAAUGCUUAGUUUGGCGUUUCAUUGUGCUGCUCCUACUCGUGCUAAGCGGCCAUUGAUGAAAGAAGUUGGAGAACAGCUAUGGGAGAUCAGAAAAGACUUUGGGAAGAGUCUUAGAACUGAGUAAAGAAACUUGAUCCAAAAAAAGAAAAAAAGAAAAAAAAGAAAGAAAGGAAUUAUUCCUGACUGUGUAAAGGAAAACAAGAUGUUUGUAUUACCCAUUUCCAACUGUAGAAUAGCAGAUUUAGAUUUCGUUUGGGACGGCUCUUUUACUGCUUCUUAAGCAACUUUUUAGUACAAAAAUUAAAAUUUUUAUACUAAAAAGUUAUUUUAAGAAACAGUAAGAAAGCCGUACCAAACAAAGCCUUAGCCGUAAUUGACUUGAACUUUUUUUUAUCAACUAGUUUACUAUUCUUAUAUAAGCUUUUAUCUUGGCACCAAAAGAUUUUUCUUGAUUAUGCAAGCAGAUGAAUGGGCAUUUAAAUGU